AUGGCGAGCACGCCCGACGCGGGCGCGUGCGCCUGUCGUCGUCCGACUGCGCGGCGCGUCGUCGUGUCCCACGUCACGAUGACGCCGUCGGCGUCGCCGGUCUCGAGCGCGCGCGCGCCGCGACGGGCGUCGAACGACGCGCACUGCGCGUCCGUCGCGUGCGCGCGCAAAACGACGGGAUCGGGCGGGGGAUUAGGCGGCAUGGAGUGA